AUGGGUCAUGGCGGUCACGAUGUUGUGUUUUCCAGUCUAAUGCCCCUCAAUGCCCCAGCCUUCAACAUAGGAAAACGUGACCUGGAUAUCUUCGAAGCACUUUCAUCAAUCCAGGAAUUCAUAAUCAGAACGCCAUCGCUGUAG